AGGGGAGGGGUGUGUGUGUGUGUGUGUAAUUGAUGUGCGCUUCGCCCGGGCUGUAUAUGUUUUGUGAGUGUGUGUGGGGCACACGAAACUGGGACCGGGGAGAUGUCAAGAGUUUACAUCGGCAGAUUGAGCUAUCGUGCAAGGGAAAAAGAUGUCGAGAAGUUCUUUAAGGGUUACGGGAAGAUAUUGGAAGUCGACCUCAAAAACGGGUAUGGGUUCGUUGAAUUCGAUGACCCCCGCGAUGCAGACGACGCAGUUUAUGACCUGAAUGGCAAAGACCUGUGUGGCGAGAGGGUCAUUGUGGAGCACACGAAGGGGCCGCGCCGUGAUGGGAGCUAUGCUUCGGGAAGAAGCGGUGGUUUCGCGCGCGGCGGGAGGGACCGGUACGGGCCACCCAUGCGCACAGAGUACCGGCUGAUUGUGGAGAACCUCUCCAGCCGCUGCAGCUGGCAGGACCUGAAGGACUACAUGCGGCAGGCGGGCGAAGUGACAUACGCUGACACCAACAAGGGCCGGAAGAACGAGGGCGUGAUCGAGUUCAGGCUGUACUCGGACAUGAAGCGCGCCCUGGAGAAGCUCAACGGCACCGAGGUCAACGGCAGGAAGAUCCGCCUGAUCGAGGAUCGGCCCGGGUCCCGCCGCAGGCGCUCCUACUCCCGCAGCCGCAGCCGCUCCAGGUCUCGCUCCAGGAGCAGGCGCUCCCGGAAGAGCCGCAGCCGCAGUGAGAGCAGCAACAGCAGCCGCUCACGCUCCAGGAUGGCGUCCCGCUCUCGCAGCCGGAGCCGUGACCGUAAGAAGGUGCGCGGCCGGCGGGAGGGGGAGGACCGGAGCAACGGGGCACGCCGCAGCCGCAGCAGGAGCCGGGACAGGAGGGUGGGGCGCAGCCGGAGCCGCAGCCCCAAGAGCAAGAGGAGCAAGCGGGACGGGAAGAAGAGCCGCAAGGAGGAGUCCGGCUCCCGCUCGCGCUCCAGGUCCCGCUCCCGGUCCCGCUCCCGCUCGGGGAACAAGGAUCGCAGCCGCAAGUCCGGCUCCAAAACCCGGGAGGCCAAGAGCGACAGGGAGGAGGAGGGCAGCGGGGGCGGCGCUGAGAGGGGAUCCCGCUCCCGGUCCCCCUCCCCGCCCAAACCCAGGCUCAAGUCCAAAUCCAAGUCCAAGUCCAAGUCCAAAUCCAAGUCCCCCUCACCCCCCAAAGCCAGAUCUCGCUCCCCCUCGGCCUCCCGCUCUGAAUCCCGCUCCAAAUCCCGUUCCCACUCGCGCUCCCGCUCUCGAUCUCGUUCUCGAUCCCAGUCCUGAGGUGCAGAACCCCACCACCCCCCCACCCCCACAUUUGUCCCUUUUUUGUUUUUUGAUAAAUAGUUGUAGGAUGACAGGACACUCCUGCUUGAUGUGUCUAUUACAUAUAUAUAUGCUUCCCUUUCUUUUCAUAAUUAUAAUAAAUCUUUUCUCAGUAGUGCUGUCUCUUAAUGGAGGUGUUUGUAAAAUAUGAAGUAUGUGAGUUUAGUCUGAGAGGGUAUUGCUCAGAUAGGUUUUUAUAAGUUGAAAAGUGUCUAAAAAAAUACCGUAAUAGGUGUCUUAACCUUUGUAUUGCAUACCGUGUUGACAGCAUUGUGUGGGGUGGGGUUCAUGUGUUUUUAUUCUGUUGCAUCCUUCAACUUUGUGGGAAAUCCUUUUACCAGUUACUUAAGAAAAAAAAAUAAAAAAUUGCCUGAUACCUGGAA